AUGAGCCUCACGAACGCAGAAACUCUUAACGAAGCCUUGGACCGAUGCACCAUCAUGAGACCGCGAGCUCGGCCACAAAAGCUAACCGGACGUAUCCGGAAGAUUAAGGAAAUGUACGUUGAGGGAACACCGGAGGCUAACUUACAGCUCUUGGUGUUAGAAAGGCUUGAGAUAGCGAAUGGAAAAUUCGCUGAAGAAAUUGAUCGGCUUGAGGCGGUGGUCAGACAGAGAGAAAAACAGCACUUAACAGCUCUUGAGACCAGUAACGGUCAGAACCGAAAUGCAACACCUCCUCGGGCGGAUCCGGUGAUAAAUGAAACCGAUGAAAGAACGGAGACUCCUCUCACCGCGCAACUUCAAACUGAACAACCUGGGGUUUCAGAACCGGGCGUCACAGAAGAAAGGGUCAAGACCCUUAUUCAAGAGUUCGCAGACUCAACUGUUCACCCAUUAGAGGAGAAAAUGAAAAAAACCGUGAGCCUAACACUCCGGUUCGCCAACAAGACAAGGAAUGAUCUCGUAAAGGCACAGGACCAGAUCACAGAUAUCGAGGAUGAUUACUGGGACGUAACGGUUUUGCGAAACAAUCAUCUUCGGAGAACCGAGGCCUUGGAAGAAAAGACCUCAGGGAUAGUGGAUGACUUAGAUCGGCUUGAAAGGGAAACUGAACAAGGAUUCACAGAGGUAGAAGAGGACCUAGGUUGGAGGGUCAUCGAUCUGGAAAACAAGAAUGUGUGUCUUGAAGACCGCAACGACAAGCUCGAAGCCGACCUCAAGGCGCUCACCGCACAAGUGGAUAAAUUAAUCAAGGCCAAGGUGAAUGCGGAUGCAGCGGUUGUGGAGGCAAACGCCCGAGCGGCUAAGAAAGUCCAGGAUGCGCUGGACGAAGAAGCAAGAAUAGCAAAGGAGCCACCGCGACUAUCUGAAAAGGACAUAGCCGAGCGCGAACGAAUCACAACAGCCAAGUAUAUGGACCUUGCAAAGUCCAUAGCAGUUCAAGCGGCCAAAGAUGCAGAGCGGCUAAAUGCACAAAAACAAGGGCUCGAAGAAUUUGCAACCGCUCACAAGAAGAAGAAAACGGCGGCCCCUUCCUCUUCAGUUCCGGCGAAACGGAAAAGGAAAACAUCAAAGAAGGCUCAAGUAGCCGAGCUACUGGAAAGGAUCACUGAAACGGAUAUUGAAAGUCAACCGGACCCGGCUACUCACACCGAAGAUGAAGAUGAAGAACAUCUGGCGGGGCGUUCUACAAGACAACGAGUCUCCGAUACGGCCAGCCAACCGCAACCGGUUAAGAGAAAACGGACCAAGGAUAUGAUGGCCGGCUUCAACUUCUCCGACUCAGAAUAG